AUGAGUACUCACUUUUCAGACGAAGAAGAAUAUGAUGAUUUAGAUGAUUUAUUAGAUGAAGAUCCAGCAACUUUAGAUCAAUCGGAUAUAAAAGUUAAACUAAAUAAUACUGAUUCUAAAGAUUCCAUUAAUGUUAUUAACGACAACGAUAAGGAAGAGGAGAAAACCAGAUCCAUAUCUGAAAAAGUAGAAGACAAUGCUACUAUCGACAACGGGACUACUAAUGCAAGGAGUAAUGCUAAUAAUAAAGAGGUUCAAAAUAUGAUUGAUGAAUUUGCUGGAUUGAUGAAGAAUCAAAAAAAGUCCCAAGAUGAAUCAAAAAAUGGGGAUAUAGAUGAAGAAGAAGAUGCUAAAUUAAUGGAAAAAUUCACUAAUGUGCUUAAUACAUUAGAUAAUGUUACGAAGCAUCCUCAAACAUCUGUAAAGAAUGACAAUACCACGACGACGACGACGACGACUACAGCAACAAAUAAUGUUAUGGGAAACGAUAAAGAAGAUGAUGAAGAAGGUGGAUUUCAUAAGAUCGUUUCUAAAACUUUAGAUCGAUUAAAGGAGAAUGAUAAAAAGAUUAAUGAUAAACUUUCUGAUGAAAAUAAUGGUGGAAAAAAGAAUAAAAAUGUUUCAUCAUCCGAGAAUGGCAAUCCAGACGAUAUAUUAUCCAGUUUAUUAGAUCAAUUAGUACAAGGAGGGGAACAAGGAGAAGGAGAUAUUGGUGAAGAUGGAAUGGAUAAUGCCAUAUUAAAUAUAUUAAAUCAAAUGUCAUCAAAAGAAGUUUUACAUCAACCCAUGAAGGAGAUGUAUUUAGAAUUUGAUGAAUGGUUUAAAGAUCAUCGAGAAGAGGAAGAAUUUAAAGAUAAGAUUGUAACGUAUGAUAAACAAUAUUUGAUAAUUGGUAAAAUAGUUACACUCUAUGAGAAGGAUGAUUAUACUAAUGAUUUAUAUCGAGAUGAAAUUACGAAUUUAUUAGAUGAAUUAGAACAAUUAGGUGAUACACCAGUAGGGAAUGUCAAUGCUGGUGCUGCCAAUGGAAGUAGUAAUAAUAAUACCACUAUGGAUGAUUUUUCCAAAUUAUUAAAUAUUGAUGGAUUAGGAGAUGACAAUAUGGAUGGAUUUGAUGAAAAAUUAAAAGAUACCUGUAAUCAGCAGUAG